GAGCUCAUUCUUCAGGCUGCAAUUCAAUCGAAACAUCGACAACACACUUUAUUAUACUACGUCUUGUUGCUCGCUUGUACCGAAUGGACCAAAUUGUCGUCUGGAAUUGUCGAAUGUUGUUUUCGUAUAAAUAAGUCACCAUUUCUCGUCAAUCUACGGUUGUACUACUACUGAUGGCGGCGGCAACAAGAUAGUUGCGAGAAAAAAAAAUAAACGUAUAAACAAGUCAUUUGUUAACGCGCAAACGGAGCAGUACAAGUGUUCGAAUUGACAGUCAUCGCAGGGAUAGCAAACGAAACAAAAGGUUGCUCAACAAAAAUCGCUCAACAUCUGUUAAGUACCACGACCCAAUAAAAAAGAAACACAUCAAGUGGUGAGCACAUAAGCAUCUCGCGAAUGGAAAAAAAAUAAGAACUGUGUAUAUGAGCAUACAAACGAUAAAAAAAAAAAUUAAAGAUCGUAUUUACCUGAAAUCGAAAGUGAGUGUUUAACAUGCGAUUGUUAUCGAAAAACGGUUUGGGAUACUGGAGGCAAGAAUAAGCGAGAAUAAAAGGAACUUGGAUCUGAAGGAUACCGAAAACGAAAUGAGACAAUCUUGACAAGAAGAUCAGGAAAAAGAAUUAUCCAAAAAUAAACAACAAAGCACACAACAUCGUAGCCAUCGUUGCCUUCUUCGUUGUGGAUAUAGACAUCGUAUGUUGCUGGGUAUCCCACAAUAAACGGCGAAAAAAACAAUCUUCUGUGAAUUACGCACAAGAUUAUUUAGUGAAGUAGAAACACGUUUAUUUUUCUGUUGUUUGCUUCUUUUCAGUGAAGCGCGCAUACGGUUUGGAUAUUGUUCAGUUUCGAUCUGAAGGUGAAAUGCUCCGGGUGCUAUUCUAUGCUCGAGCAGACAAUAUGUCAUUUAUUUGAGUGUUUCGUAAAGUUCCCCAUAUAAGAAGCAGAUUCUUGAGUGAGUGAAUGAGUGAGAGUGAACGAUUUUCGUUAAAGCAGUUAAAACAAACACAAAGAUUACAAUUGGGAUUUACUUUACAUAAAUUUUCAUUAAAAUUGAACUAAUAGAGCGUAGAAAAGUUUAGCGAAAGAAAACAAAAAACUACGCAAACGAAAGAGCCCUGUGAACGACUUGGUAUGCAGUGCAAUUGUUGCGCAACUUUAAGAACCGAACCGCGAACGAAACGUUAUUUAUGAACAAUUAAAUGAAAUAUAUAGACAAUAUAUUCGUGUGUGUAUUCAAAUAAAUUAGUUUGAGAUUAAAGUGAAUGAAAACACGAGCGCUUCUGCCAAGCCAAACAACUUUGUUAUAACAAAAUUGUAAUCAGCCUGAGCGAAGAGAAAUUAAAAAUAAAUACAAACAACUGCUGUGAAGAACAACAGAAGUGAGUGAGAGGAGGAAAAGAACAACAACGAGAGAAAAAAUGAAUAACGUAGCUUUUGUGUCAUUCCUGGUGCUAACCAUAAGCAUUAGCCAUUUUGGUGUAUCUGGUCAAUACAUUCAGUAUAAUGCGAAUGGUCAGGGGUCCAAAUCAGCGGCUGAUCGACAACCGGAAACGGCCACCACCGAAUAUGAAUACUACGAUGAUAUAAUUGAGGAUUUCAGUACGACACAAAGUAUACCAACAUCCCCUCCGAGAACAACAACCUCAACGACCACCACCACAACACCAAAACCAAUCACAUCGUAUCGCGUUUUGACAACACAUCGAAACGGUUUCCGUCCGAUCAAUUUUAAAAAGAAAUUCGAUGCAACCACCAAACAACAAUACCAACCCGAUAGCAAUACCGAGGCAUCGAACGAGAGCGCAUUCGUACAGUAUCAGAAGCAGCAAGUGCAAACGCCACCGCCGCAUCUACGGAAUGCAAUAGCCGACGUCAAUCGACGCACAAGUGGAAAAGAGUAUGCUCAGGAAAAAUCAUUGGCAACAUCGAUCGAAUCGAAUAAUGGUAACGGCAAUGGUAAUUACUUUUCGAGACGAUACGCACGGUUCCUAUUCAAACAACGAUCCGGAUAGUCACAUAAAAUGCAACUCAUUAAAAACCACAACUGGUGACUUUGUUUCAGCGAACAUUUCUCCGUGCACUCUUCUUCAGUUGUGUCGCUUUUUUUUUAUUCCUCUGUUUGUUUUGUGUUUCACUUUUUUGCCCGCAAACAAUCAUAAUUUUUCUGUAAUAGUUUCGAAGUUUUUUCUAUAUGAAAUACAUUGGAAUGAGAAUUAAA